AUGCAGAGGAGAUUGAUAAAUACUUCAGCUACCCUUCUAUUAAGAAGAUUGAGACCUGCUGCAAAUACAUUCCGUUCAUCUACGCCUAUUGCUCGUUACUCAACUGUCAAGUCAGUUCCAUUUACCGCCGACACAUACUUCUCCAAGGUCCAACGAGAUCCAAAAUACAAGAAGCUCGAUGCCUCAGACUUGGAUUAUUUCAAAUCCAUCUUACCUGAAAAUGGUAUUGUCACCGAUGCCGAUGAUUUAUUAUUCUACAAUGAGGAUUGGAUGAGAAAGUAUCGUGGACAAUCAAACUUACUUCUUAAACCAAAGACUACUCAGCAGGUUGCUGACAUAUUGAAGUACUGCAAUGAGAAAAAUUUAGCAAUCGUACCCCAAGGUGGAAACACUGGGUUAGUGGGUGGAUCAAACCCAAUCUUUGACGAGAUUAUCGUCUCCUUAUCUUCAUUGAACAAGAUUAGAUCUUUCGAUCCAGUCAGUGGUAUCUUGAAAGUCGAUGCUGGUGUUAUUUUGGAAAACGCAGAUCAAUAUUUACUGGAACAGGGAUACAUCUUUCCAUUAGAUUUAGGUGCCAAGGGUUCAUGCGAAAUUGGUGGUAACAUUGCAUGUAAUGCUGGUGGGUUGAGAUUGUUGAGAUAUGGAUCUUUACACGGUAGUGUGUUGGGACUAGAGGUGGUAUUGCCAGAUGGUACCAUCUACGAUUCCAUGCACUCCUUGCGCAAGGACAAUACUGGAUACGAUUUGAAGCAAUUAUUCAUUGGUUCUGAAGGUACAUUGGGUGUCAUCACUGGUGUCUCCAUUCUUUGUCCUGCAAGACCACAGGCUACAAAUGUUGCAUUCCUUGCUGUCAAGGACUAUGAGACGGUUCAAAAGGUAUUUGUUGAAUCGAGAAAGGAGUUGGGUGAAAUCUUGUCUGCAUUUGAAUUUAUGGAUUUAAAGUCGCAACAAUUGACCAAACAACAUUUGGGUCUCGAUCACCCAAUUGAAAGCGGUGAAUAUCCAUUUUAUGUCUUGAUAGAAACAUCCGGAUCCAACAAAGAUCACGAUGACGAGAAAUUAGAAAACUUUUUGGGAAACGCAAUGGAGAAUGGAUUGGUUGAAGACGGAAUUGUUGCUCAAGAUGAGUCACAAGUGCAAAGUUUAUGGACAUGGAGAGAAAGUCUCCCAGAGGCAAGUGCACUGAAUGGAGGUGUCUACAAGUACGAUGUUUCAAUCCCACUAAAGGACUUGUACGGUUUGGUUGAAGCAGCUAACGAAAAAUUGGCCGAAGCCAACUUGGUUGAUUUUGAAGACGCUGCCAAACCAGUUGUUUCCGCGGUAGGGUAUGGGCACAUUGGUGAUGGAAACUUGCAUCUUAAUGUAUGUGUUCGUAAGUACACACCUGAAGUAGAGUCAGUAUUGGAACCCUUUGUUUACGAAUGGGUUUCUUCAAAGAAGGGUUCAAUUUCAGCUGAACACGGUUUAGGUUUCCAAAAGAAGAAUUACAUUGGAUACUCCAAAAACCCAACUGAGGUUGCGUUGUUAAAGCAAAUCAAGCAGCACUAUGACCCAGCAGGAAUCAUGAAUCCAUACAAGUAUAUAUAG